UGCUAGGGUUUCCUUUCUUCUUCUCCGGCUGUUCGUUGCUUCAACUUCGCCUGCUUCGCGUGAGAGGUAGUUUUGAACGAGUUGCUAAAUAAUUCUUCGCCUUCUUCGACGAAGUUCCUUCCUGUCGGAUCCGAGGUUACACCUCCUCGCCUUUCUUCUGUUGGAUCGGAAGGAACAAAGACGACGGGAGCUUGCUCGUUGAGAAGGUAGUGCGUCGGCCAUGGCUGGAGGUAAGAUAAGGAAGGCGAGGCAUCAGCAGCAGCAUUUGCAGGGAGGCAUCCCUUUCGAGAAGUCGAAGGGGCAGCAUAUAUUGAAGAACCCGAUGCUCGUUGAGACUAUCGUUCAGAAGGCCGGUAUCAAGCCCACUGACGUUGUCCUGGAGAUUGGCCCCGGUACUGGAAACCUUACCAAGAAGCUCCUCGAGGUCUCCAAGUCUGUGGUUGCCAUCGAGCUCGAUCCCCGCAUGGUCCUCGAACUCAACCGUCGUUUCCAAGGCACUCCAUACUCGAAUCGUCUCAAGGUUAUUCAAGGAGAUAUCCUCAAGUCCGAACUUCCUUACUUUGACAUCUGUGUGGCAAACAUCCCAUACCAAAUCUCAUCCCCUCUCACCUUCAAGUUACUGUCACACCAUUCUGUUUUCAGAUGUGCUGUUAUUAUGUUCCAGCGAGAAUUUGCCAUGAGGCUGGUUGCAAAUCCUGGUGACAAUCUCUAUUGUCGGCUUUCAGUGAACACACAACUCCUCGCUCGUGUCUCUCAUCUCCUUAAAGUUGGGCGAAACAAUUUUAAGCCCCCACCAAAGGUUGACUCCUCUGUGGUUCGCAUUGAGCCCAGGCGGCCUCUUCCACCUGUUAGCUUCAAGGAGUGGGAUGGGCUGAUACGUCUAUGCUUCAACAGGAAGAACAAGACCCUCGGGUCAAUCUUCAAACAGAAAAGCGUUCUUUCAUUGUUGGAGAAGAACUAUAAAACCAUGCAAGCUUUGCAACAGGCACAAAAUGGCCAGAUGGAGGAGGAAAAGGCCUCAACAGAUGAUUUAGCAGUUUUGGCUGACAUGAUUGAGGACCUGAGUAUGGAUUCCUAUGGUGUGAAGGAUGAGGAUGAAAUGGAUGUGGAAGAGGAUGAUAUGAUGGGUGGAGGCAGUGAGAAAUCUGAUUUUAAGGAAAUGAUAAUGGGAAUUCUGAAACAAGGGGAUUUUGCAGAGAAGAGAGCUUCAAAGCUGACACAAGUAGAUUUUCUGUACCUUCUCUCGCUCUUUAAAAAGGCUGGCAUCCAUUUUGCCUGAUUGGGAGCAUUUUACGUCCAGUGGGAAAAAAUAGUGAGACACCCGUUGAAAUGACCAUGCAAUGGGAGGAACAACCAACUUUAAUUAACUCCUCAAGUAGUGGGUGAAAUUUUAGAUGGAGCCAUGGAGGAUUUUGUGCUAAGGCGACUAUUGGAGCAGUUUCAGCAACUAUUGAAGUAGUUGACCAUUAUUUAGAUAUAUUCUUCUUGUGACAGCGUUGACUUAGUGUUAUAUAUUUGAAUGCUAGAGUGUCUAGCGAGGAUUGGCUUUUAUUGUCCAAUGUUUGACUUUGUUUUUUUUU